UGAAACGUGACCAAACUAUUGAGACAACCGCAACUUUUGAAUUUUUAUGUGUGAAUUUUUUAUUUGGGGGGUUGUUGUUGUUGUUUGGUGGUGUUGUUUGUUUUGAUUCACCGUUUUCCAACACGACCGCAACCAUCACGACGACCGCCACCUCCACGAUUUCUGCGCCAACGGCCAAAGUCGAGAUGAAGGAAAAGAGUAAGAACGCGGCCCGCUCCCGACGGGAGAAGGAGAACGCCGAGUUCAUGGAGCUGGCCAAGAUGUUGCCACUACCAUCGGCCAUCACUUCGCAGCUGGACAAAGCCUCCGUCAUCCGGCUGACGACUUCCUACCUCAAAAUGAGACAAGUCUUUCCCGACGGAUUGGGAGAUGCUUGGGGAUCGGCUCCGUUGUGCAACAAUCCCCGAGAAACUUGCAUCAAAGAACUGGGUUCUCAUUUACUUCAGACUCUGGACGGUUUCAUUUUCGUCGUGGCUCCCGACGGCAAAAUCAUGUACAUCUCGGAAACAGCCUCCGUCCACCUGGGAUUGAGUCAGGUGGAAUUGACUGGCAAUUCGAUUUACGAGUACAUCCAUCCGGCCGAUCACGAAGAGAUGACGUCCGUUCUGACAGUUCAUCCCACCGUUUCCGGCUCUGUCGUUCAAGAAUUUGAAGUGGAAAGAGCUUUCUUCGUGCGGAUGAAGUGCGUCUUGGCCAAAAGGAACGCUGGACUCACCACCGGAGGUUACAAGGUGAUUCACUGUUCGGGAUAUUUAAAAGUGCGUCCGUUCCCGGUGGCGGGUGCUGGCGAUUCGGUGUACGCGGGCGACGGGAGCGGCGGCAGUGGCAAUGGCGGCGUCGGCUUUCAAAAUUUGGGCCUGGUGGCUGUAGGCCAUUCGCUCCCGCCGUCGGCCAUCACCGAAUUGAAACUCCAUUCCAACAUGUUCAUGUUCAGAGCGUCCCUGGACCUGCGGCUCAUCUUCCUGGACGCCAGAGUCGCCCACCUGACCGGCUACGAACCACAGGACCUCAUCGAGAAGACUCUCUACCAGUACAUCCACGUCGGUGAUCUACUCCACAUGCGAUUCGCUCACCACACACUCCUGUUCAAGGGUCAAGUGACGACCAAGUACUACAGAUUCCUGACCAGGGACGGCGGAUGGGUCUGGAUGCAAUCCUACGCCACUAUCGUUCACAACAGCCGAUCCUCACGACCGCACUGCAUCGUCGCCGUCAAUUACGUCCUCAGCGAUGUGGAAGCCCAGUCACUGCAAUUGUCGACCGAGCAGCUGGCCACUUCGUCAGCCGCUGGAUCGUCCUACCUCAACACGUCGGUGACGGACGCUGCGUCCACUUCGUCGGCCGAAAAUGGACACCUGGUCAGCUCGUCAUCGUCGCCCUCGUCGGUGGCCUCGGCGGCCGUGACGGCCGUCGCUUCCGCACCGGUUUCCAGGACCGGCAAAACCCGUCCGGCUCGCAAAGCCAAGCCUCGAGUGUCACCGUAUCCAGCGAGUCCGACGGUGACGGCGGUGGCGGCUGCUGUGGCUUCCAGCAGCGCCGGAAGCAUCGUGACGGAAGCGGUUCAACUCAAUCCGUUGCCUCCGCCGCUGCAGGAAGAGUACAGCAACCCGAUGAUGGAUUACCGCUACGACGCCGGAUUACCGUCGACCUCAGUGGCAUCCAGCGGCAAUCAGUACCUGACGUCGACCAUGUACUCGGCCUACAACAGCAACGAAGUCCAGCUCUACAAUUACGGACCCAACGGAGUGGCGGAAGCGGCCAACGGAAGCGGCAGCAACCACUCGGGUGGAGAUCUCUACAAUCCUUAUUACGAAACGGACAAUAUGGCGGCCUAUCCAGGCCCGGCCACUCUGCGACACUACACCAAUCUCGGCGAAGGUGAUGAAAUGGAAGCUGCCGGAAGUGAUAUGUACAGUAGCAGCGAGAAUUCACCAGAGAGUCAUCAGAGGUUGAUGCAACACCAACAACACCAGCAUCACCAGCAAGUGCAUCAUGUCCACCACCACCAGCAGUUGCUGGCCACGUCUCGACUGUCGCCCGUCUCGCCGGCCACGUCCGGCGAGGACCACCACCAGCAGCAGCAGCAGUACCACCACCAACACCACCAUCACCAGCAACAGCACCAGCAAUUGCAAAUGCAGGGUGUUCUCCACCAACAACAACAACAACACCAUCCGGCCGGAAUCAGCGUCAUCAGCAACAACGGCCAUCAGCACCACCUACACCAGCAGCAGCAACAACAACACCAUCACCAGCAGCAGCAACAACAACAUCACCAUCUCCAGCACCAUCAGCACCACAAUACACCGGAUGACGUGGACUCCACCCAACAACCGCAAACAUUGAACGGAAGCUCCAACUGCGCUUUGCCUCCGCCGCCGGCCUACAACAACAACAACAACAGCAACAGCAGCAGCAAUAGUUAUGGCGACAGCUACCAGAGUAAUGGGCCGUCUUCAGGCAACGGCUACCACGAUCCAACGGGACGAAUUUACAGCGGUGUUUACACGGCUAGUAGCGUCAUCGGGACCAGCGAUCCCGUUGUUAUUGGAGCUGAAGGCCUAGUCUCUUCGGCGUCAAUCGUCACGGCACAGCCGCCAGGUUACACCAGCGUUAUCGUUGAUGCCACUCAUCAGUAUCAUCACCAUCAUCACCAUGCUGUCCAUCACCCGAUGGCACUGGCCACCGAUUUCCCCGUUCACUGAUGAUUGAAUUAUCUGAAACAAACAGCACAAAACUCAUCUUCUCAACAUAUCUCCCUUUUUUCCCCUUCAAUUGAUCGACCGAUUACAAAUUUAAAAAAAAAAACCUAUACCAAUCCCCCUCUAAUACCCUUAUGCCUUGCCUCAACCCCCUCGUCAUUUUAACUGCGUUGCGUAUAUUUACAAUAUUUGAACUCCUCAAUUAAAUUAUCGGUCUUUUUCAAUUUUUUUUUU